AUGGAACAAAACACUCUGACGCCAGCAGAAGAAACCACCAAUGUCUUUACGAUAUCUGACAUGACAACUGCAGAGAAUGUGGCCAAACCUAAACUAAAAAAUCAAAAUGUUCCGUACUGGACGUCAUGCCGACUUCUCCUGGCUUUGAUGGUUUUCCUUGGCGUUGUAAAUGCUUUCAUCCUCCGUACAAACAUUAACUUUGGUAUUAUCUGCAUGGUGCGACAGAAAAACGCAACGGAAUACCGACUGACCCUUAAUGAUACAAGCAGCACGUUAAGUGGCACAACAUUUGUUGAAAACGCUACUUAUAACGGCAGUAGAAUAAUUGCACCAACAUGUGGAAAGCUGGACGUUGUUAGCGCAAGAACGUACAAAGGUGAAUUUGACUGGGACACAAACAUAAGGGGCGUCAUACUGAGCUCUGUCUUCUACGGGUAUGCAUGUACCCAAAUAAUUGGUGGUUGGCUGGCGGGAAGAUAUGGCGGGAAACACGUGUUUGGCACAGCGAUGGUUAUUGCGGGUGUGACGUCGGUUGUGACACCGAUUGCAGCCAGAACACAUUAUUCUAUUUUGAUAGCGCUACGUGUUCUCACAGGGAUGACAGCUGGCGUCUGUCUUCCUGCAUUGCAGGCGAUGUGGAGAAAAUGGGCGCCGCCAUUAGAAAAGAGCACGUUGGUUUCCUUCUGCUUCUCUGGUGGUUACGCUGGUAUUGUUGUGGCUAUGUCACUCUCUGGCGUAUUGUGUGGGAUUGACUUAGACAAUGGCUGGCCGUUUAUAUUUUACGUUUACGGUGGCCUCUGUUUCAUCUGGCUAUGCGGGUGGUACUUGCUCGUGUUUGAUUCGCCCGCCAGUCACCCGCGUAUAAGCCAGGCCGAGAGGGAGUACAUAGAGACAGCCAUCGGCCAUCUUGAUCAGAGUGAAGAGAAAGUCCCUGUCCCGUGGGCAUCAUUCGUGAAGUCCCCCGCCGUUUGGGCAAUUUUCAUAAUGAAUUUCACUAGCGACUGGGGCUGUUAUACUCUGGUAACGAGUCUUCCAAUUUUCAUGAAGGAAGUUCUGCAAUUUGAUAUAAAACAGAAUGGAUUGUUCUCUGCGAUACCCUAUGUUGCAUUGUGCUUGGGCACUGGUGCCUGUGGGAAGGCCGCAGAUCAUUUUAGGCAGCGAGGCCUACUGAACACAACGAGGACCAGAAAGCUUUUCCAGUCAAUCGGCGGAUUUGUGCCUGCUGCCUUUAUGUUUGCCACAGCCUUCGUAGAUUGUGAGACCAGAAUGUUGGGUGUGGUAUACUUGAUAUUAGGAGUUACCUUCUCAUCUGCGAGCGUUUCCACAUUGGCGAUUAACGUAGCAGAUAUUGCACCUCGGUUUGCCGGUGAAAUAUUCGGAAUCUCAAACACUCUGGCUAGUUUUUCUGGCAUUAUUUCCCCUAACAUAGUUGCUGCGCUAACUCCAAACGGCACAAGAGAAGAGUGGAAGUGGGUUUUCUUUAUAACAUGUGCCAUCUACAGUUUCGGCGCGCUCUUUUUCUUGAUAUUUGCUAGCGGAGAAGUGCAGCCCUGGGGCAAGCCAGAUCAUCUCCAUAAUGAAGAUAAACGAGAAAACACCGACGUAAACCAGGGCUAUGACAAUGCCCACCCUGAUGUUCAUUCUACCUUGUGA